AUAGAGGAGAGCGAACAGAGACGUCAAACUUCCAUGUAUUUCGGUUGACCAACGUCUAUCAUGCCCUCUGAAAGUCGACACCCGUAUUAUUGCGAUGACGUACAUAACGUUGUUUUAAACAACUGGAUGGAACGUAAAAUAUACAACAAUGAAGGAUUUAUCUUCGUAUUCGGUGAUAUCGCCUAAACUUGCCGGAGGACCAAAGGGACUGGGUGAUCCUGAUGACAAAAGCUUGAGGAAGGUGGAGACAGAUAUACUGAUACCAAAGUUAAUGCGAGAAAGAACUAAAACGGAAAAAUGCGUCAGUGAAGUUAAAGAAUUCCACGACUGCUGCCUCAAUUCAGGCUUGUUAAAUGUUGUAAAGUGUAGAAAAGAAAAUGAAAUAAUGAAAUCAUGCAUGGAAAAGUGGUUCUUCAAUCAAGACUUUAUUAAAGAAUGUACGGAACAAUAUCUAAAUGAAAGAAGUGAAUUCAGGAAGACUGGAAUUCCUAAAAAACAAAGAAGUACCAGAAUAGAAGCAUCGUUAUAAAUAUAGGGAUAACAAGUAGAUGAUACCCGGAUUGUUUAUAUUGUUCAAUAAUUUUUCCAUGUAUGGUAUUUGUAAUUAAUAUAUGGAUGAUUCUGUUUCAGUAGAAAAGCCAUAGAAUAUUGCGUGAGUUAUUUCAAAUGUAGUGGGAAAGCCAAAUGGAUAAUUGGAAGUUAAAAUAAUGUUGUUUCUUAGAUAAAUCGCUCCUAAUGCAUUCAUUAUGCAUUCAUUGUGAAUUCUUGUACAGAAAACUCUUGUAUUGCAAACUAAUUGAGUGCUCAUAAAGUGAACUUUUGGGCUGUUUAUUCACAUGUAUUAUAUGUCCAUGUAAAAAAGGCGUGCAACAUUUUCAUUCUUUUUCAUUCUGCCACUUUAUUAAUUAAAAAAAAUGCAGAUUGCAAAGAAAUGUUUAUACGAUAAAGAUAUUAUUUUAUCCUAACAAGUUUAUAAUAUAAAUCGACUGUUAUAUAGAACAAGUUUUAUUGUGCAUUGCUUUAAAUAAAAAAAUCUGUGAAUUGCACAAA